CAAACGACGCAGCGCCGACUCUCGGUCCCAUUGUUUUGGCCGAGGGUUGGAAGGCGGCCCCGGCCUCAUCGGGGCUCCCCCUCGCAGCGGGAAGCGGGGAGGAGCAGCCGGUCCUUCUUAACCCUUCCCCGGCAGGACGGGGAUGGGCCGUCCCGCUGGGCAGCCGCUCCGCCCCCCGCGUUCUUCCCUGGUAGCUGCCGCCUCCCGCCGCUGCUGGGUCCGCGGGGCGCGUGAGCGGGCGGGUGGCGGGGCGGACCCUCCUGGUUAGCGGCCCGACAUGUCGGUGGCGUUCGCGGCCCCGAGGCAGCGGGGGAAGGGCGAGAUCACGCCGGCCGCCAUCCAGAAGAUGUUGGAUGAAAAUAACCAUCUUAUUCAGUGUAUAAUGGACUAUCAGAACAAAGGAAAGACAUCUGAAUGCUCUCAAUACCAGCAGAUGCUGCAUACGAACUUGGUUUACCUAGCCACUAUAGCUGACUCCAACCAGAACAUGCAGUCUCUACUUCCAGCACCACCCACACAGAAUAUGCCUAUGGGUCCGGGAGGGAUGAGUCAGAGUGGCCCUCCCCCACCUCCGCGCUCGCACAACAUGUCUUCAGAUGGUAUGGUAGGUGGGGGCCCUCCUGCACCACACAUGCAGAACCAGAUGAACGGCCAGAUGCCUGGACCUAACCAUAUGCCUAUGCAAGGACCUGGACCUAACCAACUCAAUAUGACGAACAGUUCCAUGAACAUGCCUUCAAGUAGCCAUGGGUCAAUGGGCGGCUAUAAUCACUCAGUGCCAUCCUCACAGAGUAUGCCAGUGCAGAAUCAGAUGACAAUGAGCCAGGGACAGCCAAUGGGUAGCUAUGGUCCCAGACCAAACAUGAACAUGCAACCAAACCAAGGUCCAAUGAUGCACCAGCAGCCUCCCUCCCAGCAAUACAACAUGCCACAAGCAGGUGGUCAGCAUUACCAGGGGCAGCAGCCACCGAUGGGAAUGAUGGGCCAAGUUAACCAAGGAAAUCACAUGAUGGGGCAGAGACAGAUUCCUCCGUACAGGCCGCCACAGCAAGGCCCACCACAGCAGUACUCAGGCCAGGAAGACUAUUAUGGGGACCAAUACAGUCAUGGUGGACAAGGUCCUCCAGAAGGCAUGAACCAGCAAUAUUACCCUGAUGGUCAUAAUGAUUACGGUUAUCAGCAACCGUCGUAUCCUGAACAAGGCUACGAUAGGCCUUAUGAGGAUUCCUCACAACAUUACUACGAAGGAGGAAACUCGCAAUAUGGUCAGCAGCAAGAUGCAUAUCAAGGACCACCCCAACAGCAGGGUUAUCCACCACAACAGCAGCAAUAUCCAGGCCAGCAAGGCUAUCCAGGACAACAGCAGGGUUAUGGUCCUUCCCAGAGUGGUCCAGGACCUCAGUAUCCCAAUUAUCCACAAGGACAAGGCCAGCAGUAUGGGGGAUACAGACCCACACAGCCUGGGCCACCACAGCCACCACAGCAGAGGCCUUACGGAUAUGACCAGGGUCAGUAUGGAAAUUACCAACAGUGAAGAAGUAUUCACAUUCCGGUAGGCAAUAUCUGUUAGCAGCCAUAUUGUCUCCUCAGCACUGUGGACAUCUUCCUGAGAUGAGAACCUCCCAUUCCAUCUAGCUUUUGGAAAAAUCUUGUGGCUGUUUUAUGGUAUACAGUCUUCAUGGGUUACUUGUUAAAGACUGUAGAUUCUCAGAAACUGAUUUCACAUCUCUACUCUAGAUGGCAAUAUUGGACAGAAAAUAUGUGACAUAACAAUUUGCAGUGAGUUGAGAACUGUAUGUCAAAUAGACUGUUACAGACUGAAAGGUGCGAACAGCUUUGUAUGUUUAUGAAGGUUAUGGGAAUUUAAUAUUUUUUCCACAGAUUUUUUUUGUAGGGGAAAGGGGAAAUGCACACUUUUUACAGCAGCAAUAUUUUGUAUAUUAUGUUUUUCAUGUGGUGAAUAUGCAAGACAGUACACUACUCGCUGGGCCGGAUAAGAAAUCUACUGUUAAAAAUGGGUUGGGGCAUGAUAAGUGCUUGAUUGUAUUAAGUCUCGAAAUGGUGUACAAUAAAGAUAACGGUGAAAAAAGAUGGAGAGCAUCAUACAUCACUGAUAGGUUCAUGUACAAAGAAUAAGAAUCCCAGGUAUCUAAAUGGGAACAUAAUUAAGGACAGUAUAAUAUAGUCUUGUGCAAAGAUUAAUUUUUUAAGCUUUCCAAUUUUUCUGAGUGAAGCAUUUUUGUAAAAAUUGUUUCUAACAUAGUUUGACAAUUUUCUGCAACAUUUUUUGGGUAACAAGAUAAAUGUUUGGGUUUUAUUUCUCAAGUGUUUUGUCACAGCUUUGCAUAAGCAAGCUGUAAUCCCUCUUAAUAAUUGCAAUAACAAAGAAAAUGACAAGUGUUAAUUUUACUUGGCUUGAAUAUGCAAAGAACUUGAAAAAGAAUAUGGAGGACAGGACUGUAUUGUAUAAGUGUAUUUUAACCUUUAGUUGAAUAAUUUGUAUGUAUCAAAAUAGCCUAGAAGACUUUGUAAAGCCUAUCUAAACUUUCCUAACUGGGAGUUAAUAUCUUUAGAAAGGAGGCAUUUUUUGUGUGUGUCCAUUUUUCUUAUUGGUUAACAUGAGACCAAGGGAUGUUUUAGAACAUCAAAUGUAAAACCUGUUGGUGAGGUAAAUGCCAAAUUUUGUUUUGAACUGCAUUAAUGCUUAUAGUGUUGCAUGUGAGAUAGAGGCAGCACCUUGAUCAAUAGCAUAGUACACAAAAAAUUGGGUUUGAGACUGUCCUGCAACUGUAUAUCAGAUAAGUAAAUGGAUACUCUGUUGUGCAGGAAUAUAUGCACUCAAGAAUUCCUGGUAACUUUCAUAAAGGACAAAACUUAAAAUUAGCCCAGGAGUAAAAUAAUAUUUUUUUUCAGUUGGUGAUCAUGGUUAGGGGGGAAAAAAGAAAAAUAACUGGUGUUCAUAAUAUGUAUGACAUUAUACAUGGAAGACAAGAUUUUCAAUUUGUUCAUCAAUUUUAAAGGGAAAGCAAUUUUCUUAAAGUCGAUAGAAAAUACACAUCAAGGUUUGAACAGUUAUGGCAUGAGGAACAUUAUUAUGAAUGAAAUGCUUGUAGGUUCUGUGCCAACUUUCCACCACUGUGUACUUCAUUGCUAUUUAAAACUGUACUCCAUCAAUUCUAACGGAAGAAUAAAUUAUUUGUGAUUUUAA